AUGUGGCUCCUGAUCAUUCAGGUAUGUAGGCUGGCGCCGGUGGGCAUUGCGCCGACGUUGGGGCGGGACAGACAUGAUGCAGACCCCAGAUCCAAGCUCAGGGAGCGCAUGUCCUGGGUCCCUAGGAACAUUGGAGUCACGACCCCCUUGAGGCCUUCAAGGAUUCUGAGGCUACAUCUAUGCCAGGGGUGCCCAAGACAUGAAGUGCGUCAGCAUCCAGAGAUGCAGCCAGAGAGGAGCAUGGACUUUCUGCAGUCCCUAUCAGGGUGUGGCAGGGUAAAGUCCAGGGCACAGGACUCCAGCCUGCUGCCCUGCCUGCCGGGCCAGCCUGAGCAUCUGGUGGCUCCCGAGCACCUGGCUUAUGCCCCUCAGUGGGGACUGGGCGCUCCAACCUCUGAACCCCUUUCCCUCCUCAGGCAUAGCCAACCCACUGAUGCCUUCACUGUCUUUUAUAGUGAGCGGAGUCCCUGGUGGGUGCGGGUCACCAGCACUGGGAGGCCAGGCCAUGGCUCGUUCUUCAUUGAGGACACAGCAGCAGAGAAGCUGCACAAGGUUGUGAGCUCCAUCCUGGCAUUCCGGGAGAAGGAAUGGCAGAGGCUGCAGUCAAACCCCCACCUGAAAGAGGGGGCUGUGACGUCCGUGAACCUGACUAAGCUAGAGGGUGGCGUGGCCUAUAACGUGGUACCUGCCACCAUGAGCGCCAGCUUUGACUUCCGUGUGGCACCGGAUGUGGACUUCAAGGCUUUUGAGGAGCAGCUGCAGAGCUGGUGCCAGGCAGCUGGUGAGGGGGUCACCUUAGAGUUUGCUCAGAAGUGGAUGCACCCCCAAGUGACACCUACUGAUGGAC